UGCGGGCGGAGGAAUCUUCUCAGACGGCUGCGAGGAAGCCGCUGCCGCCGCCGCCAUGAUUCCGCUGGAGAAGCCGGGCCGCGGCGGCUCGUCGUCGGCCGCCGCCUCGGGCUCCCGUGCGGCCGGCCCGGGUGCGAGCGCGCCGCGCCGGCCGCCGCCGCCCCAGGCUCGCGGGCUGCUGACGGAGAUCCGCGCGGAGGUGCGCACCGCGCCCUUCCAGGACGGCUACCGCCUGAGCCCGGGCCGGGAGCUGGGCAGGGGAAAGUUUGCAGUGGUGAGGAAAUGUAUAAAGAAAGAUUCUGGAAAAGAGUUUGCAGCAAAGUUCAUGAGAAAAAGAAGAAAAGGCCAAGACUGUCGGAUGGAGAUAAUUCAUGAGAUUGCUGUACUUGAACUAGCACAGGACAAUCCUUGGGUCAUUAAUUUACAUGAAGUGUAUGAGACUCCCUCAGAAAUGAUCUUGGUUCUGGAAUACGCUGCUGGGGGCGAAAUCUUUGACCAGUGUGUUGCAGACCGAGAAGAAGCCUUUAAAGAAAAAGAUGUUCAGAGGCUCAUGAGACAGAUUUUAGAAGGUGUUCACUUUUUACACACUAAUGAUGUAGUUCAUCUUGAUUUGAAGCCUCAGAAUAUUCUGCUGACAAGUGAAUCUCCUUUGGGUGACAUUAAGAUAGUUGAUUUUGGCCUUUCAAGAAUAAUGAAAAACAGUGAAGAGCUUCGAGAAAUUAUGGGUACUCCUGAAUAUGUGGCUCCUGAAAUUCUUAGUUAUGAUCCUAUCAGCAUGGCAACAGAUAUGUGGAGCAUUGGAGUGCUAACAUACGUCAUGCUUACAGGGAUAUCGCCUUUCCUAGGCGAUAAUAAACAAGAAACGUUCUUGAAUAUCUCACAGAUGAAUUUAAGCUAUUCUGAGGAAGAAUUUGAUGGUGUAUCUGAGUCAGCUGUAGACUUCAUCAAGCAACUUUUACUUAAGAAACCUGAAGAUCGAGCCACUGCUGAGGGAUGUCUUAGACACCCGUGGUUGACACCAAGCAGUAUUCCCAGUCCUUUCAAGGUGGAGGGAGCAGUGGAAGCACCAGACAUCCUCCAAGAAGGUGAUUCUGUGGCUGAACUUAAUGAAGAUACUGAGAAGUCAGAAUCCGAGGGACCACUUGUGACGGAGGAGUUAAUUGUAGUUACUUCGUAUACUUUAGGACAAUGCAGACAGUCUGAAAAAGAGAAAACGGAGCAAAAAGCUAUUUCCAAACGAUUUAAAUUUGAGGAACCAUUGCUACAAGAAAUUCCAGGAGAAUUUAUUUACUGAGCUGUAUCUCCCUUUAAAACUUUAAGAUUUCUCCAUUGAAAAUGUUAAUAUUAUUUAUGGACCUCUGGCCAAAUGUAUGUAUACUGGAAGUCAAUAGCCAGGUAAAACUGAGAGAAACAAAAAUAAUUUUGUAAAACUUUUGGAGUUAAAUGAAUCAAACCAGGUUUAUAAAAUUGCCAACCAAGGAUUUAACAGGUAAAGUUAUCUGUUUCAGUGUUCUUUUUAAGAAGAAAGAUGUUUGUACCUUUUAACAUCCUGUUUCUCUAGAAUGAGAACUUGUGUACAAAGAUACUUGUAUUUACUUUAAAAAUCCAAGUAAAAGUGCCAAAAUGACACUUCUCAUAAAUCUCUUUUUGCAUUAUUUGUAUGUACCUAUACCUGCAUAUAUGUAUUUACUAAAAUUUCACUUUUUCAUUUUGGAUUUAUUUGGGGGGACAAGAUUUUAAUUUAAAUAGACAUCUUUAAAUAUUGGAGACAUAGUGUCAUCCAUUAUAGUUUGAUAAUAUUUUUGUAUUUUAUAACUACAGUGAGUGGAUUCAGUUUCUUUGUAUUGUGUCUGUUUUUGCCUAAUGCAUAUAACUUAUCAGUACCUAAUUCUUUUUUCUCUUCAGCAUCACUCGUAAGAGAAGUGAUUUUUCAUCUCUGAAAUUAUUCCAGUUUUUAGGGUCUUGUUCUGUCAGCCAAUGAUAUUAAAAUGUGUUUUCCUUCCUCACACCA